UUCAGAGAAUACAGAAGUAGUGAGCAGCUCCACAAUGUCGGAGGCAUCCUCGUCAUCAGUGGAAUCUCCAAAAGGGGAAAGACCACCUUCACAAGGAUCUUUACCAAUGAUAAUCCAGCCUUCAGAGCCUGGGACUGGCAUAAUCGUCGCAAGUACAUCUUCGAGCCCAAAUCAAAGAGCAUCUCUCACGCUUGGGGCGUCACCGUCACAUGGUCCUUCAGACGUCUCAGGAAGCUAUUCGAGAAUAUCACAAGGCCCAAUAAUGUUAGAGGCAUUGAACAGCCCACCCGUGGAAGGUCUAGAAUCAGACCCCAUGACAACGUAUGUUCGUAGUAUCAGCCAUUCAUCUAACUUUACAGUGGGCAACAUCACGCACUGGCAUGUGGAUCGCCAGUCAAACACCACUGGAAAAUCAGAAGCCUAUGUCAAAUAUUGCAAGAAGGAAGAUGAUUUAUUUGUGGAAACAAAGGCCUACUUUGAAGCUAAAGACAUGCUAGAAAAGCACAACGUUGUUAACAUACUGGGCGGGUCAGGAGAAGGGAAAACCGCUCUACUAAAGCAUCUUACGUUACAUCUUGCUCAACAAGAGUUCACUCCCUUGGAGAUUACCAGGCCAGAGGAAAUAGAAGAGAACUACACGGAAGAUAAACAUUUCCUGUUCGUCUGUGAUGAUCCAUUUGGUGGCCCUUACUUACAGCAGGACUCUGUGAAUAAUUGGGUCAGAAUUGGGAAGUCUUUGGAGAAAUACCUACUCAGUGGACUAGUCAAAAUCGCAUUUGCAUCCAGAAAAAAUAUUUGGGCAGACUGUGAUAAAUGUUUGAGUGAUUUGGAACUUUUCUCUUAUAGAGUUGAGCUGGCAUCACAGAGGUUAACGUCUCAGGAAAAACGACAAAUGCUCAGGCUUCAUUUCGAUGAGAAAUUUCCGAGCUUGUCUGAAGCUGACAUCAUCUCUAUAACAGAGCUGGAGUCACCGAUUGCCUUUCCCUAUUGCUGUAAACUUGUGAGUAGUUGUGAGUUCAAAGACCUCUCUUUUGACCGACUGCUUGAUACCUUCAGGAGGCCAUUUGGUCUUCUUGCAAAAGAGCUGGCUAAAAUGUUGGAGAAUUCCCCAUGGAAAUUCUCAGUCCUUGUAGUUAUCAUGCUGAGUGGGGGGGCCCUUGGCUGUGACCAGUUUAACGCCAGCGAUGCCUCUGCAGUCACGAAAGAUAUGGUAGACUGUGCGCUUGACUCAUGUGGUAUCGUUGAAGCAACACGUCCUUUUGGUCAGCUGAAAAAAUGUGCCGAGAGCCUUAUCGGACAUUCUUAAAUCAUGGCC